CUUUUGUUAGAUAACAAACAACACAAAUCGAAAACAACACGAAAUGAACGUCCUGACGCGAAAUUUUGCACAAAAUCUCUUCAAAUACAAUGGUGCCGGACUGAUACAGGCAGCGGCAAGGAGCUUCAGCACCCCGGCACUAGACGGCAAGGAAAUAGAGAAACUGGUGCACAAUAAUAAGGUGGUAAUAUUCAUGAAAGGCAACCCGGAUGCACCUCGGUGCGGGUUCAGCAAUGCGGUGGUACAGAUUUUGCGGAUGCAUUCGGUAAAAUACGACGCUCAUGAUGUGCUACAGAACGAAGCGCUCCGGCAAGGCAUUAAGGACUUUUCGAACUGGCCCACUAUACCGCAAGUUUUCAUCAACGGGGAGUUUGUCGGUGGAUGCGACAUUCUUCUACAGAUGCAUCAAAACGGAGAGCUAAUCGACGAGCUGAAAAAGGCUGGUAUUGAGAGUGCGUUGGCAAAGGAGGGCGAAAAGUAGGG